AUGAAUCCCGACGACUACGAUUUGAGUACAUCGGAUGGCUGCAGACGAGCCUUGACUCGAGCCUUGUUCGAUGCCGUUAAUGAAGCCAAGACGGAAUGCUUGGCACAAAUGCAGCGGGAGCAGGCGGCGGCGGAGGUAGAGGUGCGGGUCCCUCACCCGAUACGACGUCGGACGUUUGUCCCCCGCGAUCACGACGUAGCGCACGAACGUUUGUUCGCAGAUUAUUUUGCCGAGAAUCCAAGGUGGGGCCCGAAUAUUUUUCACCGCCGUUUUAGAAUGAGCCGAGAUCUUUUUCUCCGCAUUGUGCACAUGUUGGAGGGUCGUGAUGAGUACUUCCAGUAUCGGGAAGACGGGAUCGGCAGACCCGGACUUACGCCUUUGCAGAAGUGCACGGUUGCGAUCCGUCAGUUGGCCUACGGCACAACAGCGGAUAUGUUCGACGAGUACCUCCACGUCGGGGAUACAACUGGCCGCGAAUGUCUGAAGAAAUUUUGUAAGUUAGUUGUGGAGGCUUUUGGCGACACAUAUUUGCGACGCCCGAUUCCUGACGAUUGCCAGAGCUCUGAUGCGGAUGCACGAGACGGUGCACGGCUUUCCGGGAUGCUAGUGGAGCAUCGAUCUGUAUGCACUGGCAGUGGAAGAAUUGCCCGACGGCCUGGAGAGGCCAAUUUACUAGCGCUGGCUACAAGGGCAAACACCCGACGAUGA